AUGAUGACUGUUCAUCAAUUAUUAUAUGUAUUUUUCAUAUGUUUAACAAUUUGGAUAUCAAAAGGAUCAACCUCAACAGAAAAUUUUAAUGUUACUGUUUAUAAUUUAUAUGAAGAUUUCUAUUUUGGAAAAUUUGAUUUUAUUUUAAGAACGGGUGAAGUAUUAUUGAAUUAUAAACCAUACAAAAAUUCAAUUGAAAAAUGUGAAAAUAUUUAUGUUAAACAUAAAAUGAUUUGUUAUAUUGGAUACGAACAAUUUAUUCAAAAGAGAGUUAAUAAUCUUUUCAAUGUAUUUAUAUCAGUAAAUGAAAUAUCUACAAAUAAUUCUAAUAAUAUAACAUCAUUAAUGAGUAUAAGUGUAGAAAAUAUUUGGGAAGAUAAGCUCAAAUGUAACUGUGAUGGAAAUCAUUUUAAUCUUCAUCUUAUAAAUAAAAACUUAAAAGAUAUUUUAAAAGAAAAAGGUUGGGUUACGCCAAAUCAUGAUUUUCCUAUUUAUAUUGUACUCAAAGCACAAAAUAAUCAAAAAUCAUUUUUAACUGUUCCAUAUUUUAAUGAAAUGUUUUUUGUUCAUGGUUGUCCAAGUGAUAAUUAUAAACAAACUAUGUUAGAUGCAAAGUAUAUAGUUGAUGAACAUGUGAAAAAAAAUGGAGUUCUUAAUUUUGGUUCAACUGAAAAUUUUUGGUUAUUACCUAUUAUUCCAAAAGUAUUCAAUGAAAAAUUCUUUGUUUGUGGAACAUUAAAACAACCAUCACUACCUGAUAUAAUUGUUGGAUAUCAACUGAUAAAUGAUAUGGGCAAAGUAAAGUCAUUAUCUGUGAAUAAAUAUCCUGUUGCUUCAAAUAAAGCAUGUGACAAUGCUAAUAUUUCUAUUUAUUUAUCCUUUCUUUAUAGUUACAACAUUAAUCAAGUGGAAACACUAAUGCCAUUUCAAAAAAUGAAACGAAAUAUUCAAAAAAAUUAUAUAAGCAACAUAUAUACAUUUGAUGUUUCUUCAUUUAGUGGUGAUGAAAUUUCUUAUAAUUUUGCAGACAUUACACCUGUACGACCUUCAUGUAUAGAAACAUUUAAAAAUCAGAAUAGUAAUUUUCAAUCAUUACUAAUGUAUAAUACUUUAUUAAGUGAAAAUUUUCAUAAUUUAUCACAUCUUAUAAUUAAUGAAAAUUUUUACAACAGAUAUCAUAGGAUGUUUUGUCCUAUAAAAUUUAAUGAUUAUGAAAAUAUAACUUCAUACGAUUAUUAUUCACAACCUGUUAAAGAUUCAAUAUAUAGAGAUCAUCAUUUAUACAACAAUAUAAGUUAUCCAAUAAAACGUUUAUAUACUUCAAAAAAACAAUUUGAAACUUUUGGAAAAUAUUUUUGUUAUACUAAUGAUGAAUAUAAUGUCAUUCAAAAGAACAAAAAAAAAGAAAAAAUAUAUUUUUAUCUUUUACCAAAAAACAAUGAAACAUUUGAAUUGUUAUCUAAAAAGAUUGAAAACUUAUAUCAAUUAUUUUAUGAGUAUGGAGAUUAUAUUCUAUCUUUUUCUUCAUUGGAAAAUAUAAAAGUUUUUGAUGGUGAAAAGCUUAUAUAUUCUGUAACAAAUUUUUCAUUGAAUAAUCAUGAAAAAUUAUUCGAUUAUUCAAUGUAUCCACAAAUUACAAUUAAACGUAAAUAUAAAACAAUAAUAAAUACAACUUUUUAUACAGAACAACAAUUUAAUAUAUCUCUUGUUAUUAAAAAUCUAAAAAAAAGUACAUUAAUGUCUUCUAUUGAAACAACCGUUCCAAAAAUAAAUAUAGAAACAACUACAAAUGUUGCUACAGAAGUAACUAAAAAAGUUACCACAGAAGCAACAACGAAAGCUACUACAGAAGCAACUACUAUAGCUACUACAGAAGCAACUACUAUAGCUACUACAGAAGCAACUACUAUAGCUACUACAGAAGCAACAACGAAAGCUACUACAGAAGCAACUACUAUAGCUACUACAACAGCAAGUACAAAAGUUACUACAGAAGCAACAACUAUAUCUACUACCAAAGCAACUACUAAAAAAGUUGAAAUUGAAAUAAUGACUACAACGACGACUGUUAAACCAACAACAAAAAAAUUAGAAAAAGUUAUUAUGAUAACUACAUCUACUAUUCCAUCAAAAAUAAUUGGACCACCAAAAGAAGAACCAACAAUUAUUCGUCAAAAAAUUAAAGAUGAAACUAAAUCUAAUAGUUUUGUCUGGAUAUCAGUAUCAGUAUUUUUCUUAUUCUUUAUCAUACUUCUAGUGAUAAUAAUAUAUUUGGUAAUAAAAGAAAAACUAAAAUAUAACUCAAAUAAUGGUAGUAAAAGUUUAGAAGAUUAA